AUGGAGCGGCUGGGGCGGCGCGGCCGGACGGAGAGGUACCCGGCCUUGGGGGUGUUGUUUCCCCCUAUCCUCCUCCUCCUCCUCCUCCUCCUUCUGGCAGCAGAAGAUUGUUUGGCUCAGUGUGAUAAUGACUGCAAGGCUUACUGCUGUGAUGGGACUGCUCCCUACUGCUGUUCAUAUUAUGCCUACAUUGGGAAUGUCUUUUCAGGCACAGCGAUAGCUGGAAUUGUUUUUGGCAUAGUAUUUAUGAUGGGAGUGCUUGCUGGGAUUGCCAUCUGUAUCUGCAUGUGCGUGAAAAGCACCCGUGAGACUCGAGUAGGGGUCAUCCGAGCAACGCACAUCAACACCAUCAACACGUACCCAGUGGCUCCACCACCAUACAGUUAUGAACAUGAAAUGGAGCACCCAGCUGACCUACCUCCACGUUAUACUCCAGCCCCACAGACUGUGAUGCAGUAUCCCCCACCCCCUCCAUACCCUGGAUAUUCAGGGAAAUAA